CAUUAUUGUAUUUAAAUUUUUAAGUAAAAAGAAUCCAUAUAUGGUAUUAUUCCUAGGCCAAUUCUUUUGAUUUAUACAUUAAUAUAAUAAGUGUUUGUUAGUGUUUCAGUUUUAGAUGAUUGACGAUCAAAACCUUAGUUUCAUUGCCAAUUUUUUGGACAUCUUCAUUUUUUCUCUAGUAAUUGUAUAUCAUUAUGUUGCAGCUGACCCAAAGUAUGAAACCAACUAAGUCUUAUCGGCUAUGUUAUAUUUUUUUUCUUGUGUAGACUCUGAGCUCCUCUCUUUUUUAUGAAUACUAUGGGUUGAGAUUUUAAUUUUUAUUCUUUUACUUUAAUAUUUUAUAUAUAUUAUUUAUUGAUCAGUAUUUUAUUUAGAGAUUUUUUCUAUUAUAAACUUAAAAUGUAAUAAAUUUACAUUUAUGACCCUAAAAAAGGAAAUAAACAAAAAUGGAAAUUAAAAAGUUGUUAAUUACAAAAAUGCCGGCUGAGAAAACGGAAAGGGAAACUCCAUCUUCUUCGUGACCAGCCGAUCCUUCUUCGUGACCCAGCCGUCCAACCCCAACAACCCAAUCUCAACCAUUUUUCUUCCAAAAACCAGCAAAAUCAAAUUCAAUUGAAAAUGUAGAACUCCUAGGAAACCAGCUGAAUCCCGAAAAUCCAAAAUCAAAAACGAAAAGGAAAAAAAAAAACCAGCAAACCUCCAUUGAUGUACAAAAAAAACUCAAAAACAACAAUCAUUGAACAAAGAAAUCGCGAUCAGAGGAGAAGAACCGAGUAGAAGGAGAGCUGGAAAUCAAAGAAACUCACCCAUGAUUGAAUCAGAAGGAGAAUUGAAGGAAACGGAACCAUUACAAAUAUUGGUGCAGAGCAAUGGGCAUUGGGAUGACAACAGAAACUAUGUUGAUUAUGAAUCAAGUGGAGAAUUAAUUUCGACCAAGUGCACUUUUGAGGAACUAAUGAGAAUAAUGAUGGAAGAACUCCAAUGCAACCAUGAAUCAACACAACUACAACUGAAAUAUCAACUGAAGGAAGGAGGCCAACCACUACAAAUCAAGGAUGACAAAAGUCUGUUGUUCUACAUAAAGCUAUUAACGAAGGAGGUUGAUUUCACAAGGUACCCAUUGUGUGUGAACAAAACCAGUAACACGGCACCACCUAACCAAACAAUGGUGUGGAACAAUAUGAUCAUGGAAUCGUAUGAG